CCAUGGCACGUUGUUUUUUCGCUUUGGAUAAACAAAUAAAGGAGCUCCGGUAGAGUUUGUGAAUGACGCACGCGCUCCAAAGGUUUAUAAGGCUGUGCGCGCGCAGAAGUGCGACUGGGAGUCCCGGGCAGGAGCGCGAGCACACUGACGCCACAAUGCUGUUGCCACUAUUACCUCUGAUCCUGUUCAUCAUUGGGAGCACGGAACCCACGCCCACGUCCACGAUCACUUACCAGUACGACGAUCCCGCGACCGGCCUCGUGCUCACGUGCGACCGCUGCCCUCCGGGCUCCUACAUGCUCGCGCACUGCAGCGCGAGGACGCGCACCGUGUGCGCGCCGUGCCCGCCGGGCCACUUCACGCAGCGGUGGAACUACCUGUCCAGGUGUCUGUACUGCAGCGUGGCGUGCGGGGAGAACCAGGUGGUGAAGGAAGAGUGUUCGCCGCUCCGCAACACGGUGUGCGAGUGCCGGCGCGGCUACUACAUGUAUUACGACUUGUGCAGGAGGCACAGCGAGUGUUCGCCGGGACACGGGGUCGCACUCAGAGGGAGCGCGUAUCAGAACACGGUGUGCGAGAAGUGUCCGCGAGGCACCUACUCCCCGGGGGGCUCAUCGGGAGCCGCGUGCGCGAGCCACACGGACUGCGCGUCCCGCGGCCUCGUGCUGCUCCUCAAAGGCACGGACUGGCACGACAACCUGUGCGCCACGUGCCAAGAGCUUCAGGCCGGAGGUGGGCUCCAGCUGCUGCGAGGCAUCCUGCCGGACUUCUUCGGCCGUCAGAAGAUCAAUAAAAAUAAGUUGGUGCGGUUUGUGAAGAAGUCACUUCUCAGGAGGCAUCACGGUGCUUCUGUUCCGAGGGACCCGUUGGCCCACAUCGGGGAGUGGUGCAAGAACGCAGAUGAGACGGAGCUGAGGAAGCUGCCGGCGAUGCUGAGAAGAUCGAACCUCCACCAUAUUGCAGAGAAACUGGAGAAAAAGCUGAACAUAGUGACAAACGUGUCCCCAUGCGACCCUGAAUCUGCAGUAAAAUCUGAGUCAAGAACAGUUCUCGGACCAUCUACUGAGUAGUCCUAAUUCUUCUUCAGAAGCCACCCCAUGUCAGUCAUGCUGAAUACACGGCAAACAUUGCGUGUUAUCCUGACCCUUGAAGACUAACUGUAAUAUCGGUGAACUCUGAUCAGUGUUAGUGAUCACACUUCUAAUUGGCAAACUAUAAAAAGCAGAUUUGAACUCAGAACUUACCGGCAAGAGCAAGAGCUCUGGACAGCAGUCACCAUAAGUCAUUGUUGUUUCGGGGUUACAUUUAAUUCAUUUCGUAGACACUUUAAAGCAGCUUAUAAUUAUUUACCCACUUAUGCA